AUGAAGUUGCUCACCCUUUCCGUUGCGCUGUCCGUCAUUCACGCUGUGGAUGCUCGUGACCCAGCUUGCCAUCCUCCUGCGCCUUCAUGCCGAUAUGUCUCCUGGUGGACGGCAAGAGAGUGCAAUGCUAUCAUCAACUCUCGACAUAUCCGGCGCUCGACAUGUGAGGCUCCUGAAGGAACCGUCAUCAAGACUACCACGGUCACGCGCCACCCUACCAUUACGCAAACCAAAACCGUGAAGCCCGCAACAAGCACCAAAACAUCAACCAAAACUGUCACAGUCACAGACCCUGUCACUCGUCAAGACACAACCACAGCCUGGGCCACUUUGACGGCGGUCGCAACUACAACAGCAGUGGAGAGUGAUUUCUUGACUGUCACCAUCACUACAACCUCUGUGGAGACUGAUACUUCCAGCACCACAGUUACGACUACACAAGACAGCACUUCGAUGCUCAGCUGGGCUCCUGAAACUUGCGCUCAGGGGCCACCAACAACAGCCGCUCAGGGACCACCACCCACUUUAACUCUGGCACCUACUUUUAAGCGCUCUGAAAACCACUAUGACGAAUUGCCUCGAGAUUGCUCAUGCUUCCUGACUUCGACAAAGAGCUGUGGCCCUCGCGUCACAAAGGUAGUCACCAAAACCAAGGAAGACCGCCCCAAAACCAUCACCAAGACUGUUACGGAUCGAAACUGCAAAACCGUCACCACCACCAAGACGUCCACAACUCAUGUCAAUGGAGCUCCGCCGCCCAAGCAGACAGUUACCUUGACUACUACCUUGACCAGCACCGCAACGGCUACCUCGACCAGCACGGUUGAGCAAACCACAGUUGCCACAGAAUCCACUACGACGACAGUCGUUGCAGCCACCACCGUCACUACCGGAAGCGUAGUCACCCAGACCGAGAAUCCUUGUGACCCUGCCAACAUCAACAAAUAUCUCCUCCAAGGCCCUCCAUACAGCCCCAAUGUAGUCCUUGGCUUCCAGGGAGAUGGCAACGGAGAUCUCUCCAACUGUUGCCAAAACUGCCUCAACAAUAGGGACUGCGUCUUCUGGAAGAUGACUGCAGGUGGUUCUAUCUGCCAGAACUUUUACACAAACCGAAAUGUCCCAGUCGAGGGUUGCACCUCUAACGCAUGCACAAGGGGACAUCCCGUAAUGAACGUCAGUCCGAAUUCCGAUGGAAACACAUACGGCAUGUCUAGAUGCGGACAGUUUCAAAUCGUGUUUUAA